UCUUUCCUCAUUUACUCAUUCCGGCGAAUCUACAAUAAGGCUAGUGGACAGCAGGGUUUAAGCCGAGAAGGUGAAAAAUGGCGGCACGCUGCAACUUUUGGCUUCCCAAGAAGAAAAGAUUCUGCGCAAACGUCCCUCUCGGUGAUUCACAGUCGGUCAAUUAGCUGUUUUGCGGAAAUCAUACCCAAAGAUCCGAUGGACAAUGGAUUCCUUGCCCUAUCCACCCUUCCCAACCUGUUGCCGGUGGGAGGUGGCAAGCACCUGUUGCACGAAAGGUGGCCUUGACAUCAUGGUUAUCAUAAAAUUUAAAAGCAGCUCUGUGCUGGAAGAGAAUCUGCAGAGUCACCUUAAGCGAUGCCCAUUUUUCAAACAAGCUCAAUCUUUGUCUCUUCAGCCUUUUUACCAAGAGGGUAUUAAUGCUGGCAAAGAAGAAGAAGAAGAAGGGGUGCAGAAUUUUAGUUCGGAGAUGAAGAGAAAUGCUGUUCGCGCGAUGACCCUUUUUGAGUUCUCCCAGUUGAUCAAUAAAAUCAAGUCUGUUCAUGCUUCCAUAUGUAAUGACAUUCGUGAUUCUUUCAAGAUUCCACAAGCUUGUGACAUUUGGACUAAUCGACAAGUCGACCGGUGUUCUAUUAUUGUACUCUUUUGUAUGUGUUAUGUGCAUAUUAUGUUCCCCUUGGUAAACUCUCAUCUCAUUUUCCAAUCCCGUUUUGUUUUUUCUUGCAGGGGUUUGCCAUUUCAACAGAAACAUGUAAUGCAGCAGGCCUCAAUUCUAGGGAAUUUAGAAGAAUUUGGGGUUCUGAAAAGUUGUGAGGAUAAUGUUGUAUCGGGGUCCGUUAAGUCAGACACGUCUGUGGACAAGGAUGAUGUUCCUGCAGUUGUUGAAUUUGGAGCAGGAAGAGGGUACUUGACGCAAGUUCUGGCUGAUUGUUACAGAAUUAAGAAGAUUUUAUUGGUUGAACGCAAAUCGUACAAGCUCAAGGCUGAUCGGAGUCUGCGACAGAAAGAGAAUGUUACACUAGAGCGAUUGAGAAUUGACAUUGAGGACCUAAAGUUGAAUGCUGUUGAGAGUUUACAGGGAGUUCCUUAUCUAGCAACUGGCAAACAUCUUUGUGGGCCUGCUACAGAUAUGACUCUAAGAUGUUGCAUCAGCAAACAAUGCAAUCAACAUAAUGAUGCUUCUUCUGAAUCGACAUGCCACCUGAUUGGCCUCGCUAUAGCUACUUGCUGCCAUCAUCUUUGUCAGUGGAAGCAUUACAUAAAUAAGCGAUAUAUGUUGGAUUUGGGAAUCGGUAAGGAUGAUUUCAAUGCCAUAACAUGGUUUACCAGCUGGGCUGUUGAUGCAGAUCAUGGCUCAGAUCUUUGUGGCACUGGUUGGUCUUCUGAUCUACAAAUCAGGUAUAUCUUUCUAUCUGUAGAAAUUAUUAAGAGAGAAAAAGAGCAUGUAGAAUCAGAUCUAAAUACAUAUGAUGAAGUCAAAGACAUGGUGAAGAAUAUGAAGGCUGUGGAUAGAGCCAUUAUAGGAUUCAUGUGCAAGGAUAUAAUAGAUUUUGGGAGGUUUAGGUGGCUCAAGGAACAUGAAUUUGAAAGCCAGCUUGUCAAGUAUGUACCAUCAAAUAUCUCUCCAGAAAACCGGUUGUUGGUUGCUAGGCAGAAGUGUUAAGGUGGCUGCUGUACACCAUAUUUGUAUCCUCAGAUAUUUAGCUUUCUCAAACCUGUAGCUCUAAUUCACAAUUUGAUAAUGUAUUCCGGAUAUUUGUUUCUCUUUCAGUAGCUAUGGCUCAUAUUAUUUUGAUAUUUUAUGUCAAUUUUGGCGAAAGAAGAAAAGAUAUGUAACGUAUUGAUCAUGUAACUCUUGUUCUUGUGUAUUACUUUCUAUUGCCACA